GCUGUCCUCACGCUCCUCCUGCCUGGGCAAUUUUAACUUUUAUUUAUUCCUUCGCUCUGACCUUCUCGUGCUCGUCUGCUUAAGGGCAACUACUGUCUAGCAUUCUGCACGACGACGUACGCGGGAUGUCGCUCCUAGUACCGUCGAGUUCAAGCACGAUACACGAACCCUUACCGUCGCUGCCACCUUCUCCUACGGAAGAAGAAGAUUUGGGUGGAGCGUCUUUAUGGAGGGAUGAUGGAGAGGAGGAGGCACUCAGACAUCAUAGUGUGAAGGGCAAGGAACGGGCACGGGAGAUAUCACUUGACGAGAACGAAAUGGAUAGUUCGAGUACGAGUGAGGAUACACUUGCCGUUGGUGUUGGUGGAGGUGGUGGGUACCCGCCGACGAAAGGGGAGGAAGAGGAGGCGAGGAGGGUUGAAGAGAACUUGAGACGACUGGAACACGCCGAACGUCAACGCCGAAAAGCAGCUCGGGAGAGUGCAGCCUUUGUUGCACCGAGUAGCGUCGUCAAUGACGUUUCUCGACGUGCGAGCUCACUUUUAUCCAACAAACUACGGAAUACUAGUAGUUCUAGCCCGAACAAACUUAAAAGCAAGAGUAAUAGUCUGGACAGUACAGGUUCGUCACGACGAACUGUAGUGCAUGCGCAACUCGGGCAAAGUUCGGAUGACGCGCUACCGUUGAGCGAGUUCAAUGGUGGUGGUUCGAGUAAUAUGCUUGUGUCGCCUGCUACGUCGAAGCCGCCUUCACCGACUGGGCAGAAUCAUGGUACUAAUAGUAAGGAGAACGGUGUGUUGGGUGUACCGACCAUUGUGGAGAAUCCAUUCGAGCCUCCUGACUCUGCUACUCCGUUACGAGGAUUUCCUCCAGACGACGAGGACGAAAGAGAUGGAGAUGGGAUGGAGUCGAGCGCUGUGAUGCGUCCUUCUUCACCACCACCUGCUUUUCCGCCUGGCUUAGAUCCACCGGAUAGUGCUUCACCGUUUAACGAACCGGGAGCGCGACCACCGGAUCGACCGACGCUUCAAGCGACUUCAUCAUUCUCCUCUCAUCCGAACUUACAAUCAUCGCAAAUACACCAUCCACUGGGUCCACCACCGCGACCUCUUGACUUACCUCCACCAAAGACACCACCUCCGCGAACGGAUGUGGAUGGUACGCCUGUGGUGACGGUGCCGCCGAAACGUCUUCCUGUGCCUGUGCCUUCGGCUACGCGUCGUGGGGAUGUAAACAAUAGAAAUGGUCAGAUGAGGGAUCAGAUGGGCUCGGAGCAGCUGGAAGAGCAAGAAGAACAUCGGUGGUGGACGGAUUGGUUGUGUGGGUGUCGAGAGGAGAAGGAUAGGGAUAAUGCUGGUCGAACGAACCCGUUCGAAUAAGACGAAAUUAUUAUAUUCGUUUCGUGUUCGCCUUGUAGCUUUCCGGACACUUCAGUGCUACUUACCCCUGUAUGAACUCGAAUUUGGACGUACUGCGACCGGCUCUACCUCCUAUUCCUAUUUCUAUUUCCACGUCCAAGCUCCACCUGAAGUCUGACCCCGAGCCGUGUGUGUACGCAAUACCUAUUCCUAUUUCUUCGGGGAUUCGAAGCACGACUCCAACACCUCUAUUCCCACUCCCAUUCCCACUCCUCUCUGGUAGGCAUUUACUCGCCGUGCUCCCCACCCAGUCUUCGCUCCCUCUUCGAACCACAUAUCACAUUCAUGUUCUGUU